AUGUGUAUUUCUCCCAUCAUUUUCAUGGGCAGAUGGGUCAUCGUUCCCUUUGCGGGGAAGGCAUGCGGCAAGCAGAGCGAGAUUAUUUUCUUUGAUGCAUUCCAAUCGGAGAUCCUCACGAACAACGCCUCGCUCCAAAAUCAAGAAUUCGUUUCAAUGUUCGGCUGUUGUUCUUCGCUGUGUGGGGGGGUUCCCGAAGAGGAGGAGGUCCCUGCCCGGGGAGUCAACGCUGAUCCUCGAUCAUUGUCCAAAAGUGUCAACUCGACUAAAUCGGUGGAAUCGAAUGACAAAGACAAUGGUACUCCAGCUAUCCCCAACCAUGUAGAGAAAGAUUUGGAACUUCCGAAGGAUACUACAGAAGCUGAGCCAAAACCUGAGUCAAACCUUGAAUCGAAGUCCCAGGGUGAAGAAAAGGCGCAGGAAAGUGCUGGGGUUGCUGACAAGGAGUCGUUAUUGCCGAAAGGCAGCUCGAUGUCGACAAAUCAGAACCUUGAGCCUUCAGUCGUUGGUGAGGUUGGAUCCAUGCGAACAGAUGACCUUAAGCACGGUACCGAGACAUUGGUAUUUGAGCCACGCGCGACACCAAGAACAGUCUUCAAGGAGAAGAACAAUCACCCAAUUCCGCAGUCUUCUUUAGCCGGUGCAAAAUCUGUACCUAAUGCAGCUGCCGCAAGACCUCCCAGGCCACCACCCAACAAUUCUGUAAGCAAGAAUCAACCUCAGCAAAGUCCGAGUAGUGCCGUGCAUGACUUGGAAAUGGUAGUUGCUCAAUUUCCUGAUAGAGCCAACGCUUUUGAGAAUGGUGAUCAGAGUUAUCAGGAAAUUCCUUAUGCAGAUAUUCUACCAGCAGGAGAGGAUCAGGAGGAAACAGGGGAAAUAGUUAAAGAUGGAGAUCCCAAGUGCAAACCAGGGGCCUCGGUCUAUGUGAGCAAGAAAUGGCUUCACGUGCAGUACUUUCAAGAUUUACGUGGAUUGCGGGGAGUGCUGACAAGAAGGGGAGUGAACGGUGCAGCUUGGUAUGCGUCGUUUCCAGGUCGCAUUGAGCAGGCAUUCAGCACUGGGCUCCACGGUCAAUAUGUGCUUUGCUAUGCAGAAUCGGACGAGGAGCAGACGGCGGCGAUUCAAGAAAGCAGCGCCAUAGAGAUGAACGGGCAGCCCAACGAGGAGCAAACGACCUCCAAUGGGGUUUUAAGCCAUGACGAGCCCUCGGCUGAACCAUUCUCCUCUGAUCAACUGCCAAGGCCGCACGUGCACAACACUGACCAGAAGAUCCUUGACGAUUGGAAGGCGAAAGCCGAGCAGAGGGAAGCUGAGUUGAAGCAGCAGGCCGCAGAUGAGGAGGUAGCGCAUCAGCUCCAACCGCAGAACAAGGAUUCAGUGCAGGAUGCCUCGGUAGCCGUUGCUACGGAUGCUCCCUUGGCCGCACCGCGAGGGGGUAGACAUUCAGCUCGCGGGAUCGGGUCAGCUAGGGCUGCGAUUGGGACCUUGAUGGGACAGGGGUCAGCUAGGCUCAAGGAACGGCCGCCCUCUGCCAGGUCCCGCGCGCAGAUGGGGGCUCCUCCUCUGGGCUCAGGGAGGAUCUCAGCACGGCGAGCGGUAGACGGGACAACGAGCUCGAACCUCUCUGCUCGUCGAACUCUUUCGUUAACGGGGGUAGUCACCCCGGACAUCGGCAUGUCGCCCAGGGAUGAUCUCACUCCUGAGUCCCCUCGGGAUGGAGGGAGGACCGGGCGGUUGUUCAAGUACCCCGAGUGGGAUGAGUAUGAACUCUUCGACUCCGACGACUUGUGGUCGGAGCACGCUUACCUCCUCUAUGGAGAAGUGAUGGGACCAGGGCAAGGGCCUGCUGUCUUCAUCUGGAUCGGUCAAUACUUUGACGAGUGCGACUACCUCGACGACGACGCAUGCGACAGGUUUGCGCUCAAGGCGGCGCGAGAGUUCCAGCUAGCAUGUGGAGGAAACAUCCCGAUCGGGCCUAUCCACGUGGUAAAGGAGCUCGAGGAGGAGGAGGACUUCUGGGAGUACUUCGUGCUGGGAUGA